GUUUGUGCGUCAGUAUCCGUUUGCCCAGCAUGCCCUGUGGUCCCUACUGAGUGGUCGGACCCUGGUCGUCCUGGGGUCUGAGGAGGGCAGGGUCAGGAGGCUGGUGUCCGCUCUAGCCCUCUACGUGCCUGGACCCGGGCGCUGUGGCGAGAGGAUCCAGCCCUGGCUCUCCUGCCCCUUCAGCCUCACUGACCUACAGCGAUGGAAACUCGUAGGACUGCAGAGGAUGGCGUCUCCCGUGGGGACCAGCAUGCUUUGCUCUCUGUCUCGCUACAGCCGUUACAUCUCCGUCCUGGACGCUGACCAGAAGACCCUCCGUUGCCCCGGCUACAGCGGAACCCUCCUGGCCAACGUGACGGACCACCGCACCCACCUCCGCCGAGGCUCCAACUACUUCCUGCAUCUACAGAGCACGCUCAGUAGACUGGCUGCCCGGGCCUUCCUCAUCAGCUUUACACACCACCUCCACCUUCCCAUCAGCCACCAGGAGCAGAGGCAGGAAGUAGAGGACAGGAAGCGGGGCUUCCUGAGGGAUCAGCUCAGGCUCGGGGAAGACGACUGUUCCAUCCUGAUGUACCUCAGUCGGCUGAUCACGCUGCAGUACCUGGACGGCACCACAGGAGGAGCUGUUACGACACAACCCUACCCGGAGACAGACAGCACGCCCGUAACCACACAGCGGGACCUGGAACCUAACGACAUACUAGACCCUGCCACAGGGGGCGCUAUAACCCAACAAGACCCUGAGUCUAGUACUGGAGGCAGAGUGAAUACAGAGCAGUACCUAGACUCUACCACAGGGGGCGCUAUAACCCAACAAGACCCUGAGUCUAGUACUGGAGUGAAUACAGAGCAGUACCUAGACCCUACCACAGGGGGUGCUAUAAUCCCAGAGCAGUACCUAGACUCUACCACUGGGGGCGCUAUAAUCCCAGAGCAGGGCAUAGACCCUGCCAUCCUUCAGUCUGCUACUAGGGGCAGAGCGCCACCCAGCUUCACCUUUAACUACACUACCAGUCUCCUAUACAAGAUCUGAUCUGAAACUCUGACUGGAAGUGGAAUCUCCUAGCCUGAGCCCUCGCGUCUCUCUCUACUCACCUCCUCAAAACAACAUGGGAGGAGAAGAUCUGCGGAGAUUCACUCUAGGUUGGAGAUGGCUGGCUGUCUGUCUCCUCCUUAGGGAUCAGGAAGAGACUGAGGGUUAGGAGAUUCACUCUAGGUUGGAGAUGGAUGGAUGGCUGUCUGUCUCCUCCUUAGGUAUCAGGAAGAGACUGAGGGUUAGGAGAUUCACUCUAGGUUGGAGAUGGAUGGCUGUCUGUCUCCUCCUCCUUAGGUAUCAGGAAGAGACUGAGGGUUAGGAGAUUCACUCUAGGUUGGAGAUGGAUGGCUGUCUGUC